AUGGACUUUCAAGCUUCAACCUCUGCUGUGCUGUGUUCUGUGGGUAUACUGCUGCUGAUGCAGAUGAAGGGAGGAGAGGACAGCGAGGAGGGGGAGCAGGACGAGGAGGAAGAGGAAUACGAGGAAAAAGAGGAGGAGGAGGACGAGGAGCAGGGGGAAGAGGAGGAGGAGGAGGAGGAGGAGGAGGAGGAGGAGGAGGAGGAGGAGGAGGAGGAGGAGGAGGAGGAGGAGGAGGAGGAGGAGGAGGAGGAGGAGGAGGAGGAGGAGGAGGAGGAGGAGGAGGAGGAGGAGGAGGAGGAGGAGAAGGAGAUGGAGGACGAGGAGGAUUCAGAGGAAGGAAAGGGAGACGGGCCAGAUGAGUCACAUGAGUUGAUGGGGAACGGGGUGAAGGAGGAGCAUGAGCAACAGCAUGGGAGGAAGAGGAAACACCCAGCCGGUGAGAGUGUAGGAGAGGAAGGAGGAGAGGAAGGAGGAAAGGGAAGUGAUGGAAAACGUGAUGGGGUUUUGGUGGAGAACCUGGAAGGGAGGAGCAUGGAAGGGAGGAGCAACGAUGCAGAGAGAGGGAGGAAACAUGAAGAUUCCAUGAAAGAGCAAAAGGUGAAGGAGGAGGAAGCAGGGGUGGGGAGGGAGGGGGGGAUGGAAGCGGAUGUGGGGAAGGGAGUGGGUGUGGGGUUGGGAGUUGAGGCUGUGAGUGGUGUUGAGGGGAAGGAGGAAGUGGGGAGAAAGCAGGAAGGAGUUGCAGUGAAAGCAGAGGGACGAGGAGACGUGGUUAUGGUGCGAGGGGAUGGGGGUGGGGGUGGGGAAGCAGGGGAGGAGAGUCGCAAGAGAAGAAAGGUGAGCUUUGCAGUGGGGUUGGAGGAAAAAGAAGGGGGGAGUGUGCUGGCGGAAGGAUUGGGAAAGGCAGAGCAGGUGGGGGGAAGGAGUGGGGGGACCGAAGGUGUUGGGGAGAUGGGGGGGAGUGUUGCAGCAGAGGCGGAAGGGGAGGAGGAAGAGGAGAAGGAGGAGGAGGGUGGGCGUCAAGUGCAUGGCGUGGGAAAGGGGAAGGAAGCAGAGGAGGAAAAAGGGGAGGAGGGAGAGGGCGAGGAAGGGGAGGAGGAGGAUGAAGAGGAAGCGGAUGCUGGAGAGGAGGAGGACCGCAGGCGCAAGGGAAAGGGGAAGGGGAAAGCGAGUGAGGAGGAGCAGUGGAGGGACGCAGCAGCCGCUGCAAGCGCAGCACAGCCCACCGGCCACACCAUGUCCACAACUAAAGUCAAAACCAAAGUGCCAUUCCUGCUCAAGCUCCCGCUCCGCGAAUACCAACACAUCGGCCUCGACUGGCUGGUAACGCUCUACGAGAAGAAACUCAACGGGAUUCUCGCGGACGAAAUGGGGCUGGGAAAGACGAUCAUGGCGAUUGCACUCCUGGCGUACCUGGCGUGUGAAAAAGGCCAGUGGGGGCCGCACCUGGUCGUGGUGCCGACGUCGGUGAUGCUCAACUGGCAGAUGGAGCUCAUGAGAUGGUGCCCUGCGUUCAAGGUGCUCACGUACUUCGGGUCCGCGAAGGAGCGCAAGGCGAAGCGGCAGGGGUGGAGCAAGCCCAACUCGUUCCAUGUCUGCAUCACCACGUACCGGCUCGUUGUGCAAGACGCGAAGGCCUUCCGGCGGAAGAAAUGGCGGUACCUCAUUCUCGACGAGGCGCAUCUUAUCAAGAACUGGCGCUCGCAGCGCUGGCAGACUCUGCUGAACUUUAAUGCCAAGAGGCGGAUUCUGAUUACUGGCACGCCGCUGCAGAAUGAUCUGAUGGAGCUGUGGGCGCUCAUGCAUUUCCUUAUGCCGCACGUGUUCCAGUCGCAUGCCGAGUUCAAGGACUGGUUUUGUAAUCCCAUUUCCGGGAUUGUGGAGGGAGGGGGGGCGGGCGGAGCAGCAGGAGGGGCAGCUCAGGGGGCGGCCACAGGGGAGGCAGGAGGUACGGCGGCUGCUGCUGCUGCUGGUGGCGGUGCUGUGGUUGUGGCAUCAGCAGGAGCAGCAGCCGGAGCAGCAGGAGGAGCGGCGGCAGCAGGAGCAGCGGCAGACACAGGCAUGGCAGGGAACCCUGAGGUGAUCGACCGAUUACACAACGUGCUGCGGCCGUUCCUGCUGCGCCGCCUCAAAUGCGACGUGGAGCGCUCCCUCCCGCCGAAGUACGAGCACGUGGUCACGUGCCGGCUCUCCCGGCGCCAGCGGCAACUAUAUGAAGAGUUUAUGGCCCGGUCUGACACGCAGGCGACUCUCGCGAGCGGGAAUUUCCUAGGGUUGAUCAACGUGCUGAUGCAGCUGCGGAAGGUGUGUAACCACCCGGAUUUGUUCGAAGGCCGGCCGAUUAUUUCGUCGUUUGAUAUGAGCCCGCCGCUGGUGCUGCCGCUGCCGUCGCUGGUGGUCGGGGUGGGUGCAGGAGGGAGUGGAGUCGGGAGGGCGAUGCUUGGGGCUGCUGCGUUGGGGGCGAGAGGAGGCGGGGAGAGGUGGGGGGUGGUGGAUAGCUGGUGGGUGGGCGGGGAGGGGAUGGGAAGGAGGAGUGCGCUGGAUUGGACAGGGUGGGAUGGUGCAGAGGACGAGGAUGAGGAAGAGUUGGAUGGGGUGUUGGAAGAAGGGAGGGGCACGGAAGGGAGGAUUUUAGGUUCUGGAAAAUGGGGAAGAGGUGAGGGUAGGAGGUGGAGAGGUUGGGGGAGUUUGGGGUCCGGGCAGUGGAGGGGAGGAGGAGGAGCAGUGGGAUAUGAAGAGUUGAAGUGCUUGGGUUUGGUGCGGUCGGUGUGGGAUAGCAGUAUGGCGAUGUGGGAGGCGGAGGAGGUAGCGAGGCUUGCUGCUCCUCCUGUUCUUAUCGAGGAGAUUGGGAUGAGGAUGGUGAGAAGGGAGGAAGAGGAGGAGAUGGAGCAGGACGAGGAGGAUAUGACAACGCUGCUGGUAGCAGCUGCUGGUGAGGAGGAGGGCGAAGAGGGAGAGGAGGAGGAGGAGGAGGAGGAGGAGGAUGAUGAGGAGGAGGAAGGGGAGGUGCGAAGUGGGGACGAGGAAGAGGAGGAUGGAGGGGAUAGUGUAGCGAGUGACGACGAGAGGGAGAGUGGGGAUGAGAUGGAGAUUGAUGGAGGAAGGUGGCGGGAUGGCGGAGGGGAUGGUGGUAACGCAGGGAAGAACUGUAAGAAGAGAAGGAGCUUGGACGCUGGAGGACACAGGGAGGGCAAGGGCCGGAAAGGGCCAGGCAGCAACAGAAGCCGCCGAAAGGGCAGCAGCGGUGGGGGUAACGAGGACGGGGGGAGGGCGGGGAAAGGCAGAGGGAGGGUGCGAAAGCUGAUGGGGUUACUAGAAGAAGUACAAGCGCGGGUGCAGACAAGGAAGAGGCAGUGGCAGAAAGAAGCCCUUGCUCUCACCGCUGCUCUCAGCUUCGCCCGCUGCCGCCACCAACGCCCUGUCUUUGGCUCAGAUGCAAUCAGCCUGCUCUCGCUCCCGCACCCCACCCGCCACUCCCAUGCGCUGGCUGCUAACCCUAAUUCUGCUCUCUCCCAGCCGUCCUGUCUCACUCAAUACUCCUCCCUGCUCACCCGCCCUCUCGUUGCACUCGUCUCGCCUCUCGAACCUUCCGGGAGCGGUCAAGGUGAAGGGGGAACGCAGGACCUGUUGCAGCCACAACCGCCAGCAUCCACCCACCCCUCCCCUUCCACACCCUCCUCCUCCGAGUCACUCCUCUCCCCUUCAACCUCCCAACGCACACCGCCACUCAUCCUCUCCCCUCUCCAGCGAUGCGAGGAUCUAACCACCACAAUCUCCACUUUCGUAUUCGCCAUCCCGCCGGCCCGUGCCGUGCCCCCCUCCUUCACCUGCUCCCACACCCUCCCUUGGCUCGAAACCUCCCGAGCACAAACGGAACAAAAUCUCGACCGUUCCCUCCGCCCACUCCUCGCCCCACUCCGCACGGCCUUCAUCCGGCGACAACUCUUCUUCCCAGACCGUCGCCUCAUCCAAUUCGACUGCGGGAAGCUGCAGGAGCUCGCAGUUCUCCUGCGGAGGCUGAAGCUCGGAGGGCACCGCACCCUCAUCUUCACCCAGAUGACCCGCAUGCUGGAUGUCGUAGAGGCGUUUCUGGCUUUACACGGGCAUACGUACAUGAGACUGGAUGGGGCGACGGGGCCGGAGCAGCGGCAGAUUCUGAUGCAGAGGUUUAACACGGAUCCGAAGAUCUUUGCGUUCAUUCUGUCCACGCGGUCGGGCGGUGUGGGGAUCAACCUGGUGGGAGCUGACACGGUGAUCUUCUACGACAGUGACUGGAACCCGGCCAUGGACCAACAGGCUCAGGAUCGGUGUCACCGCAUAGGGCAGACGCGUGACGUGCACAUAUACCGGCUUAUAACGGAGAGCACUAUAGAGGAGAAUAUUUUGAAGAAGGCAAACCAGAAGCGGCUGUUGGACGAUCUGGUGAUCCAGAGCGGUAUGCCAAGCAGCAGGACCUGGUACGCGAUGCGGUUCUACGAGCUGUGGGACCCGGUGGUGGACAAGCAGGAGGUGGAGAGCGAGGAGGAGGAGGUGGAGGAGGAGGAGUGGGAGCUGGAGCAGCUGCAGCGGCUGAAGGAGGAGCAGGAGGCGGAGAUGGAUGACGAUGAGGAGCCUCUGCAGUACUCUGGUGGGUUGGAUUGCAAGAGUGUGGGGGUGGGAAGGUUGGUGUUGCAAGGGCUGUUGGUGGGAAGAAAGGGGUUGAUUGAAGGGUUGUGGGGAAGGGCUGGGGUAGAAGGGUGCUGCACACGCACACUGCUGGAUGAAGGUGUGGACUGGGCUGCUAGAUUUGGGCUGGGGUGGAAGUGCUUUUGGAUUAUACUUCCCUCCCCUGUUCGUCCGUUUUCUUCUCCUCUCUGCCUGCCGUCUCCUGCUCCCCCCCCCUACUCUCCUCCUCCUCCCUCCCCCUACUCUCCUCCUCCCUCCCCCUACUCUCCUCCUCCCUCCCCCUACUCUCCUCCUCCCUCCCCCUACUCUCCUCCUCCCUCCUGGCCUCACCCUGACCACCAGUUUGGGACGUUGAAAAUGCAGAUGAAGCAUAUCGGCAGCAAGUGGAAGCUCUGUCACACCAGCAGAACCCCUUCCUUUUUCCUCUCUCCUCACAAUCUCUCUCCUCCUCUCCCCUCCUCACCAUCCGUCUCUCCGAUCUACCCCCUGAAUCACUCGUCCCACACAGGAGGUACUGCGGCAGCAGGAGUGGGAGGAGUGGGAGAGGCAGACGAGGGUGAGAGGAGUGGAGGGAGCGAGGAGGAGGAGAGCGAGGAGGAAGAGGAUGAGGAAGGGGGGGAGGAGCAAGGGGAAGAAAGGGGAGGAGAGGGGGGAGCAGAGCCAGGGAAGGGCAAAAGUGGGAAGCAGGUCGGAGGUAAGGCUGUGGAGCAGGCAAGGAGGAGAGAAGAGGCGCAGCUGGUGCGGUGGAGGGAGAGGCAGAUGCGCAUGGGGCGCAUUGUUAUACAGCCAAAGGACUUGCAGGAGGAUCCCAGGCUGCCUCUUGUCAUCCGCGUGCCACCGCUUUCUGCUUUCACUGCUCUUUCCAGUGCUCUCUAUGGUGUUCCCCUUGCUAGCCCCUAUGGUGUUCUUUAUGGUGGUCCCUAUUCUUCUGGAGCUUCAGCAGCAAUGCCACUACCACCAAGACAACCACCCCAACCACCUGCAGCAGCAGCAGUAGCAGCCACAGCGGUGGAGGCAGCAGCAGCUGAAUCAACCCAUGCCCCUCUCCUUGCAAUCACCCGCACCAUCCCAACCUCUCUCCUACCCUGGCAGCCCCACGAAGACGCCACUCUAAUAGCUGCUCUCUCCCACUACGGCACUAGCAGCUGGCCUCUUAUCACUCACAUCCUCUCAACGCUCCCGGACGGGACAGCCAGGCAGAGGGGUGCAGUGAGGGGGUUGUGGGAGUGCAUGCAACGAUUGUUCUCGCUUUUAGAUGCGCUGAGUUGGUGGCAGGGAUUGGGGCCGAGGGGGACGCGUGGAGGGAUGGUGGAGUUGUUGAGGGGAGGGGGGGCGUGGAGGGACGGGGGUGAGUUGGGGGGAGGAGGGGAUGGGGAGGUGUGGAGUGGUGGAGAGGGGUGGAGGAAUGUGGUGCAAGAGGGGAAGGCAAAAGAUGUUUUGGUGCCCAAGUCUCAACUGUCGCAACUCUCGCUCCUCCUCAGCCCACUUCCGGACCACAGCUCUCAGCAACCCUCCCGAGCAACAGCCUUCAUUGCUCGCUUAUACACCCAGCCCACUGCAACCAGUCCUCUUCCCACACUCAUUCCCUCCACAUCCCCACUCACAACAAUGCGAGAGGGAGCCAUAGAACAGGGUGCAGCAGGGGCAGGCGGGAAGGAGCAGACAACAGCAGAUGAAGUGACAGCAGCAGGAGGAGUGCCUUUGCAAUCGUCACAGCCGCAGCCCCUCUCCCCCUCUCCCUCCUCUUCCGCUCGCUCCUCUUCCUCUUCUCUAUUGUUCGUUUCACUCAACCCUGUGGUUUUGGCCAGUGGUGGUGGUGGGAGUUCCUAUGAGUGGCUUGAGUGGGGAGACAGGAAUGAGGCGAAGGGGUGGGAGAAUGAGGGCGGAACGACUGGUGUAGAGCCAGAAGAGAGAAGGAUUUAUGAAGUCGGAUUGGCUGCAGGGGGAGGGGACGAGGUAGGGGAAAGGGGAGGGGGUGGGGGAAGAAAACGGGAAGGGGGAGGGGAAAGGGGAGAGGGACGGGAAGGGGGAGAGGGGGAGGGAGGGGGCGAUCAAGGUGCUCUUACAGUUGGCAGACAGGUGUCUCUUCACGAUAGGCUGCUGCAGAGGCUAGUGCGGUCAGGUGCGGUGGUGAUGGGGAAUGGAGGAGCUGCAGGGAAGGCAGCAGAGGAUGCACGGAGAGUGAUGAAUAGAGUUUGGGAGGAGCAGAAGGAGGAGAAGGAGCGGGAGAGGGAGAGGAGGGAAACGGAAAGGGUAAUGAGGAAGAGGAGGAGAGAGGAGGAGCUGUGGGAGGGGCAGAGAUGGAGGAGAAGAGUAGGUGGGACGGAUGGGGAUGGGGAUGUUGAGAUGGAUGACACAAAUCAUCUGGCUGAGAGUGAGGAGGAGAGUAUGAGUGUUCCUCUCUCCGUCCCAUCUCACGCUCUGGGCGACCUCUGCUCUUGCAGUCGAGCUGCCUUCCGUGCUUCUUCUCCCUUCUCUGAUCACAAGCGCUCCCCUUCUCAUGUGUCCCUCAACCUCCCCCCCCCCUGCCCCCCCGCCUUGCCACCUGCCUGUCAUCCCAUCCCAGCAGGAGCAACCGAGACAGCAGGAACAGCAGCAGGAGCAGCAGCAGGGGCGGGAGGGAGAGGGGGAGGAGGAGGUAGGGGUUCCAAGGGAGCAGGAAGAGGCGUGGGGAGAGGCGGGGGGAAAGCACGGGGUGGGCUGGGAGAGGGAGGGGCUGGGGCUGGGGCUGUAGGGGUCACUGGGGGGGGCGGGGGCGGAGGAAUGGGGCGAGUGGGAGUGGGGAGAGGUGUGGGGCGGUUAGUGGAGGGAGGAAUAGGUGGGGAGGCAGUAGGUGGGGCAGGCAGGGGAGUGGCGCGAGGAGGGGGACGGGGAGGAAGAGGUGAGGGGAGGGGAGUGGGGCGAGGAGUGGGACGAGGAGGACGAGGAGAGGGAAGAGGCCCACCAGGGAGAGGGAGUGUGGGGGGAGGGGACGUGGCAGGUUCUGUAGGGGCGGCUGCUGCUGUAGACAGUGCGAGAGGGAGGACAGGAGGGGCAGAGGGGAUUGUGAGCACAACCCUUGAGAAGAGGAGUGAGGUAGACGUCGGAACGGCCGUUUCUAUGACAACAACAGCAGCCGCUGCUCCUGCUGCAAUGGGUUCUGCGAGUGCUGCUGCUGCUGCUGGUGUUGCUGGUGGGGCUGCUGGUGGGUUUGUUUGCGCAACUGGUAGUGGUCUUGGCAAUACAGCUUUAGGCGGAUCGAUUGGUGGGCCAGGCAGGGGGAGAGCAAGUACUGUAGGAGUAGCAGGAGCAGGCGCAGCAGGAGCAGCAGGAGCAUCAGGUGGGGAAGGGAGGGGUGGGAGAGGACGUGGGGGAAGGGGCGUAGGCAGAGAGGGCAUGGGGAGAGGCAGGGAGGGCGUGGGAAGAGGCAGGGCAGGGGCAGGAAGAGGCAGAGGAGGAGUGGGUGUGGGUGCGAGAGGGGCGGGGGGUAUGGGAGUGGGUCGGGCACCUGUAGCAGACUUGAAUGCUAGUCCGUCUGAUGCUGCUUUGGAUGUGGAGCAGAAUAUGCAGCCACAGAUGCAGCCGCAGCAGCAGCAGCAGCAGCAGCAGAUGCAGCAGCAAAGGAGUGAGCAGCAAGGAGGGGUAGGAGGAGGGCAAGGGAAUCAAGCCCAGCAAGGCGUGCAGCAGAGCCAGCAUGGAGGAGGAGUGAGCAGGCUGUGGUUGGUGGAAUCCGGAGGGAGCGGUGACAAGAACGACAGCAACAGCCCCACCACCACCACCGCUACCACUACCAACGAGAACGUCAGCGGUGGUGGCACCGGUGGCAUUGGCGGUAGCAGCAGCAGCAACCCUCAAGGCGUUCCCAAGGCAGGGAUGGAGCUGGACCUAAAUUGGGCAGCAGCAGAAGAUCCUCCGCAGCUUGCAGGGUUAGGUGCGCGUUUGGGGGCUGUUAUGGCCGCUACAGGAAUCGGUGGGGGGGCACAAGGGGCGGGGGGGGCACAGGGAGGUGGGGAGGCGAGGGGGGUUGGGAGAGCAGAGGGCAGGGGUCCUCCUGGGAUUACGAUGGCGGGAAAUACCGGUAGUGGUGGUGGUGGUGGUGGUGGUGCCAGUGGUGGUGGGAGUGGUGGUGGUAGUGGCAGCGGGGGUGGCAGUGGUACUGCUGUGCCCAGGCUGCUCUCCUUACCAUCAACUCUGUUUCGCAUGGCACCUACUAGUACUACUGGUUCUGGUAUGCCUGAAGGGGUGGGUGGAGGGCGGGGGAGUGGAGGAGGCGGCGGAGGAGGAGGCAGAGGUGGGGGAGGAGGUGGAGGGAGAGGAGGAGGAGCAGCAGGAGGAGGGGUAAUGCAGAGGGCUGCUGGUGUGGGUGGGCAACAAGGGGCAGCGCCUCCAGUGGCCCUUCAGGUGUCCCCAGGGGCACUUCAAAUGCCUCAGGGCAGCAGCAGAAGCAGAGUGGAGGGGGGUAUGGUGGGAUUGGGACAGGUGGCGGGGAGGGAGGGAGAGGGCGAGGUGGGAGGGGAUCGAGGGGAGGGAGAGGAGGGAGAGGGAGAGCGAUGGUUGCCGCAGCAACCAGCACAGCGCCUGGCACAGCAGAGCGGACAGCAAUACCCGGGACAGCAGCACCCCCACGGUGCUCCAGAAUCAUGGCAUGCGGCGCAAGCAGCGCAAGCAGUACAGGCAGCAGCAGGUAUAGGUCGUGGGCGAGGUGAGGGAGGCAGGGAGGCGGCUGGAGGAGAGGGUGCUACUGGUGCUCCUGGUGCUGGGUACACUCCGCACCUCUCGUCAGGUCAGUAUGGAGGGCAGUUGGAAGACAGCAACCAGUACGACAGGUGGCAGCGGUGA